AUUUAAAUGUAAGAGAAAAAAAAAACGGCAACGCACACUUAAUAUUGUAACAAUAAUCGUAAAACGCGCAGUUCUGUGCAACACCUCCUCUCUCCCACGAUAGAAACAACAAAAGUCGGUUUCAGUUCGGUUCGGAUAUAUCGCGAGUGCCAGUCAAUAUCGAGCAGCGCGCAAAACGGACCCCCACGUGCGGAGCGAAUUACAUCCUCCUCCUGCUCCUACUCCUCGUCCUCCUUCUCCUCCACCGUCGCUCCACCUCCUAAUCCUUGUUCCUGCUUCUUCUAUUUCUUCUGAAUCGUACAAAUUAUCAGUGCAAAAUGAAAUUGAUGAAUCGGUGAAGAGCCUUUCUCCCUUAUCCGAGCGUGCAGUGCAGUCAGUGAUCAGUUAGUGCGAUACUCGAGAGGAACCAAAAGAACGAGUGUUACUACCUUCAAUUACAAUAGUUUACAAAGUGUGUUUUUUUUGUUUGUUUACAAAGUGCGUACGCGAUGUCGAAGAACAACAACAAACCGCGCCAGAGAAAGAUCAGCAGGACUGAUAGUGAGGUGGCUUGCGAGGAGGCGGCUCGUCUGACCGCUGAACAGCAGGAGACCGAGUGCUACGAGGAUGAGGAGUAUUGCGACUACCACGAUAUACCGCCACCCCCGGACGGCGGCUACGGAUGGGUAGUGGUGCUGGCCAGCUUUAUGUGUAACAUGAUAGUGGACGGCAUCGCCUACACCUUCGGCGUAUUCCUCGACGAGUUCGUCAAUUACUAUGGCGAGCCUAGCGGUAAAACGGCCUGGGUAGGGUCUCUGCUAUCCGGAAUGUACCUGAGCGCCGGACCCGUUGUCAGCGCGCUGACCAACAAAUUCGGUUGCCGAGCCGUCUGCAUAGCCGGAAGCUUGAUAUCGACGACCGCCUUCGUCCUCUCGAUCUUCAGUCCAAACGUUAACGUCCUCAUGCUGACUUACGGCGUGAUGGGCGGUAUCGGCUUCGGUCUGAUCUACCUGCCGGCUGUCGUUUGCGUGGGCUACUACUUCGAGACGAAGAGAUCUCUGGCCACCGGCAUAGCCGUUUGCGGUUCUGGCGUUGGAACAUUCGCAUUCGCUCCGCUGGCCACGAUGCUGUUGGAGACUUACGGGUGGAAGGGAGCCAACUUGAUCCUCGCUGGUUUGAUCCUGAACUGCGUCGUCUUCGGUGCCCUCAUGCGGCCCCUGGAAUAUCCCAAAGAAACAGGCGAGACUCCUUUGCUGCAGAGGAUGGCCGAGGAGAGGCGCAUCCAGAUGGAACGCGGUUCGAUAGGCGGCUCCUACUUCAUGGUCCAGCUACCCGACGGUACCAUGGAAAAGCGCAUGAAGCAACCUUUGAACAUCGACCCAGGCGUGCACUCUAGCUUCAACCUUGACCAACUUGGUCCCGGUACGCCCAUGACCACGAUUCCGACGGUUCCCACCUUGCCGACGAUCACGGAGGUCAAGGGCCAGGACGCGAGCGGUACGAACUCCAUCAACGACGUCUCGAAGGGCAUCAAGAACCCGCGCGUCGACGAGCUCAGCGACACCAAUCGAUUGCCAAGGAACGCCAGCCAACCGGCCUUCACCACCCACGUGCAGGGCCUUCCCAAGAACGGUUCGGUGCCAUCAUUCGAUCGCAUCCGUAAAACAUCCGUCAGCGAGCGUUUCAAGCCGACCCUCAACCCCAUCCGUUCCAAUUCACGCGGCACAGUCAACUCUAAUGGCGACCUGAAGAAAACCAUGCGCUCCACUUCCUCCUUCGUCGGCAGCAGAAACAACAACAGCGAGGACAAUGAAAGUCUGGGCUUCACCUCAUCGAAGAUGUCACUGUCCAAGCCGCAAAUCGUGCGUCCCCUAUCCAGGAAGGACAUCUUCUACUCCGGAUCCGUCCUCAACUUGCCCCAAUACCAAUCGCAGAAGUCUCUGGCCAGCUACAGACAGAGCGUUAUCAGCAUUCCCAGGCCCAGUAGGACCGAAAUGGUCGAUGCCGAAAAGGGAGAACAAUACGACCUGUGCCCUUGCUUCGUAAUGCCGGAAAGUUUCAAGUCGGCUCUCGGUCAGAUGAUGGACGUCAGCUUGCUGAAGAAUCCCGUCUUCAUGCUCAUCGGUAUAUCGAAUCUUUUCGGAAUGGCCGGCCUCUACGUGCCGUUCGUGUUCCUCGUUAAUGCGGCUAAAUUAGAUGGCAUCGAUACCAAUAGUGCGUCGUUCCUGCUUUCGAUAAUAGGCAUUACGAAUACUGUGGGUCGUAUCGCUUGCGGCUUCUUCGCAGAUUUUCCGCAGGUUAACGCCCUUUUCGUCAACAACAUCUGCUUGGUCAUCUCCACCAUCGCCGUUGCCGUCACACCGCUAUGCCAUACCUACGGCGCUUACAUUACUAUGUCCAUUUUCUUCGGUCUCGCUAUUUCUGGUUAUAUCUCGUUGACUUCUAUAAUUUUGGUCGAUCUGUUGGGCCUGGAUAAAUUGACGAACGCCUUCGGAUUGUUGAUCUUGUUCCGUGGGGCGGCCGCAAUCGUUGGCACUCCACUGGCCGGUGCCUUAUACGACGCGACAAACUCGUACGACAUCCCCUUCUACGUGGCCGGAGCCCUCUUCGGCAUCUCCGCCAUCACCAGUUUUCUGGCGCCCUGCAUGAAGCGCUUCUCCAAAGAGAACGACGCCCCACAAGGAGAUGACGUCCUAACGCCCAUCGAAGAAGAUGAGGAGGAAGAGGACGGACCCAUCACCAUGGGCCAGAAGCCACAGACACAGAUUCCAAAGAUCGUCGCACACAGUCCCGGCGAAAGGGAAAUUAAACAAAUCGAGUCGGUUUUGUAA